GAUGCAUCGAUAUAUUUUUGCAGCUCCGCUUCGCAUCGCUGUUUUACGGGCACGUGUAGAGUACAAAAAAUUUCAUUUCCAUAAUUAAUUGACUGUACGUAGCUGUUUAAGGCUUAAAAAUGGAGUCCGAGUCGUUUUAUGGUGUUACUCUCAGCGAGAAAGAGCCCAUCGCACAGUUCGACGUGCCAGAUAUACCAGAGGAGUAUAUCGUCCAUUCCCACAAGCUCAUCAUAAAACAGAUCUCUCUCGGUUCUGAGGCAAAGACCGGCGAGUUCAACGUUGUCCAGGCAGAGACAAACGUGAACGACGAUGGCGAAAAGAAGACAGUAAAGAUUCCCAUUGCCGUUCUGAAGGUCGGAGAGACCCGUAGCUUAAGACCAAACGUUGAAUUCCCCAACGGAUCUGUGACUUUUAAGCUGGUGCAGGGCACUGGACCCGUCUACGUAUGCGGCAAGGCGGAGAUGAACUUUGGCGAGUUUGACGACGGCCAAAUAUACGGAGAAGAGUAUUCAGAUGAGGAUGAGGAGAGCGAAGUGGAAUUUGAUGAAGAGGCCGCCCCUCAGACAAACGGGAAGAGCAAUAAAAAGAAGUAAAACCACACUAAACUACCAAGUAAGAAAACAAAAUUAUAAAAGAGAAUAAAAAAAAAACCAACGCCGCAGAUACUAAAAAUGCUACGCAGGACUAAGUUGGUUUGACAUUUGGGACUAUA